ACCUCAUUCAACACCACAAUAACGGUUUAUUGUUUUUGAAAACAAUCGAAACUUAAAAACAUUGGAAUGGGAACGUUCUUAGGACACUUCGUUCCCGGUCUCUCACUUGCACUUCUUGGUCUUUGGCAUCUCUUCAACAUCAUAAGAUCUUAUUGUCUUAAAGGCCCUGAAACCUUCUCUGCAAAAUUCUGGUUCCCUUUCCCUAAACUCAAACAUCUCGAGCUUAUAUUGAUUCUCCUCUUCUCCUUCCUCUCCAUCACUCUCCUAACCCUAGAUUUCCCUAAUUUCAACUUCUCCUCUUUCAAACCAGACAACCUAGAACAUGCUUCCAUGUUCCUCCAUCUCAUAAUCUUCGCGUGUUUCGCUCUCUUCUGCGAGCUAACCCUUUGCUCAGAUCUCUUCUCCGGUUUAAUCGGAGUUCUCUCUGCUUCUGUCUUCGCUCAAGAACUCUUCCUACUUCAUUUUCACUCCACUGAUCAUUCAGGUCUUGAAGGUCACUACCAUUUCCUUCUCCAACUCAUUGCUUUCGUCUCUUUCUCCUCGGCUCUAGCUUCUGCUUCUUUCCCUAAAUCCUUCUCUGCGGCUCUAGUCCUCCCAAUCUCAGUUAUGUUUCAAGGAUGCUGGUUCUUGAACAUGGGCUUCAUGCUUUGGAUCCCAGAGUAUGUUCCUAGAGGUUGCGUGAGUAACAUGUCAACAUCUACAGACGAUAACCGAGGAAGUGUUGUUCAUAGUAGUGCGGUGGCUUGUGAGUCUCCUGGUGCUGAGGUCAGGGCAAAAGCAUUGGCGAAUCUUCAGUUUAGCUGGAUGUUGUCUGCUAUACUAAUCAUUACAUGUGCCUUGUGCCUCAAGUUUUCCGGUAAAGUUGCGUUGCCUAAGAUUAGGUCAUCGUCGGAGUACGAGCGUCUUUGCCGGCAAGGAAGUGACCGUUCUGCAACCGUGACGGUCGAAGCACCCGCCAGUUCCGAUCAACAUUAGAUUUUCCUUAAGCACCCGCCAGUUCCGAUCAACAUUAGAUUUUCCUUACUUUAUCAUCUGAAUAGAAUAUGAUGUAUUAUGUAGAUAUAUGUAAUACACUAAUAAGUAGCCCUAAUAGUUACAUAAAUUACAUAUUUACAAGAGGGAAAAGAGUGUAACGCACUAAAGAUACUUAAAAUAGUGCACCCUUUCGCAUGCUUUGUGAUAUAGAACAAAAUUAGCAUAUACAACAACUUUGUUACAGGUUUGAAAAUUUAAUUUGACUCUUUCACUAA